AUGAAUGAGACAGCAGUUGCCCACCAGCAGCCGCCUCAGCCAACAGCAGUUGCCCACCAGCAGCCGCCUCAGCCAACAGCAGUUGCCCACCAGCAGCCGCCUCAGCCAACAGCAGUUGCCCACCAGCAGCCUCAGGCUGCAGCGGAGCGUGACGGCGCCGUUGCUGCUGCUGUUCCCCAGCUAGAAUUUGUGAACUCCCCGGAAAAAAUGGGUGAUUCCCAGCAGGAGAUGGCGGCGCGGCGGCGGUUGGAGGAGAUGGUGGCGCGGGUGGUGGGCUCCGAUGGGCACAACUGGCUCAAGUACGGCCAGAAGCAAGUGCAGUGCUCCAAUGCCACCAGGUGCUACUACAAGUGCAGUCGCGCCAAGACCAGCCUGCGCUGUCCGGCCAAGAAGACUGUUGACAUCAACUGCCGCAACGGCUCCGACCCGCUCUCCCCCGACGCCAUCCAAGAAUGGGACGCCGGUUGCGAUUGGGAUCACCAGAAGCAGGUGCAGCAGCAGCAACAGCAGCAGCAGCAGCAGCAGCAGCAGCAGCAGCAGCCUGAGGCGGAAUGGGCGGGCGUGUGGGACCCCAUCGCAUGGCCUGGCACAUUCCCGGGCAUGGACGCUCACGUGGAGGAGGGCCUUGCGGGCAUGUGUCACUCGCUCGCAUCGCCAAGCACACUCCAAGGCGCCGAGAAACACAGAGAGGACUAUGAGUCAGUGUGCUUGGCUCGAGUUCGCCAUAAUUCGCACGAUUCCCCCCUCGGCUCCCCCCUCGUGGCCCCCCUCGUGCCCCCCCUCGUGCCCCCUCUCGUGGUCCCCCUUGAUCUUCCCCUCCACUCCCUCCUUGAUUCCCCGCUCGACUCUCCCCUGACCUCCCCCCUUGAGUCUCCAGGAAACACGCUCAGUGUCUUGGGUUUACAUGCUGUGGGGGCAGCAGAGGGAAGCGCUUGCCAGUCCCGCGAUGAGGUAGAUGAGUUUCUGUGCGAGGUGGGCGCGGUAUCCAUGGAUGUAACACCGAGCGGGUGUAACCGGGGAGUCACAGCUCGCAGUGAGCAUCAUCCGGGGGUUGUAGCAUUGAGUGGUGUAGGUGCUGAUGUUGAUUAUGGUAUCAACCCUGGUGUCGACCCUGGUGUCGACCCUGGUGUCGACCUUGGUGUCGACCCUGAUGUCACUGAGUUUGAUUGUCACACAUUGCUGAUUCGUUCUGCUGGUCUCCUCUCUCAGCUGAUACAAGAUCGAGAGCAGCAAAAGCAACGGCAGCAAAAACGUCAUAUGCAGAAUCAACAGCAGCAGCAGGAGGGCGAGCAGCAGAGAAGGCAGGCGCAGCAAGAGCAGCAGCAAGAGCAGGUGUCAUUGGUACUGCAGGAAGAGCAGCAACUGAACACGAUCCUGCUCGCUCUCUCAAACGCCAUGCCACGCACCGCGCGUGCCAAGCGGCCUGCCUCCGCCAUGGCUGCGCCUGCUGCUCUGCCUGUCCCCUGCACGCCUGCAUCUCAAAACAGUGCGCAUCGCAUUCGUGCCACGGCUACUGAGGUGCGUCAAACCUCUGCCGUGGCUGCGCCUCCUGCUCUGCCUCCCCUCCACGCUCCUGCCUCUCGUCCCUGCACACAUCAUCACGCUCUUGCCACGGCUACUGAGGCGUGUCAGAAUUCUGCUAUGGCUGCGCCUGCUGCCCUGCGUGUCCCCUGCACCCCUGCCUCGUGGCACGGAGCACAUCACACUCUCAGCGCGGCCACUGAUGCCUUUCUCCCCCCCUCUGAUUCGAGCUCUGCGGAUUGUGAUGUGGAUGGGGGUGGGAUGGAGCGAGCAUGGAGCGGGGUGGAGGGGCCAGAAACGCCCACACGCAGCAGCAGCAGCAUGGGCGGCCGCAACAGGACGGAGAGAAGGGCGUUUCAGAGUAUGGCAACACCAGUAACCUGCAGUAGCAGCAUCAGGGAGAAGAAUAUUCGGCUGGUUGCUAGAGCUAUCAAGAGUCAUGUGGCAGCACGCAGCCGCAGCAGCAGCGGCAACACAUUUGGUCAUGGGCGGGCGAGUGAGACUGCUGGUGGUGGUGUGGCGUGCAAUAGUCAACUCUCCUCUGAGUCCCUAUUGCCCUCUCUGACUGCUGUUGCUGCAUCAUGCAAGCGCCAGCAGCUUAUGGUGACACACGAGGGGUGUUGGAGUGCCCCGAGGGCAUGUGGGGAUGAGCUGAAUCCGUUGGGGGGUGAGAUGAGGGCGUGUGGGGGUAAGCUGAGGGCGUGUGGAGCAAUGUGGGAUGUGCAGCGACAAUCUAGCUCACACUGUGUUGAUACAAAGCUUAACGGCCGCCCUGCUUCAUUGUGUGGAGCACCAUUGGUCGAUCACGAUCAGGUGUUUGCCUUAUCAGCUCAGCAGGGGUUGUUUCGGCCGUCGGACCAGCAAGGGUUCUCCAGCCCACCGCUGCAGAAGGAAAUGUUGGGGCCGUUAAUCCCUGAAGCAGUGUUUGCAUUUCUGGGAGGGGCCAACACUUCGCGGGUUUCGGACUUUGCAGCCGUUGGCAUGCGCAGAAAGCUGCAGUUGUGGCUCGAGGGUGCAGGUUAA